CUUUGCGGAAGCGCUCAGUGCUACAAGUUAAAACCCAAGAAACGGCAUCCGGUUCUGAAAAAAUAGAAGUCACCACGGGACGAUUGGAUGUGUUUGAGCCCAUCACUGCAAGGACAAGACGACAGCUGUGAGGCUUCAGCACGAUGGUCUCCUCUGUGAAGCCAUACAAAAAACAGCACUACGCUGACCUGAAGGAGGACUGCAUCAGGAACAAGACGCUGUUUGAGGAUCCCGAGUUUCCAGCCACCAACGCUUCACUCUAUUAUAACAAACCACCUCCUGGUAGGGUAGAGUGGAGACGACCUGGGGAGAUAAGUCAAAAACCUCAUCUGUUUGUUGAGGGCAUCAGCUCCCAUGAUUUGAACCAGGGAGUUGUGGGAAACUGCUGGUUUGUUGCAGCUUGCUCUUGUCUGGCUUUGAAGCCAAAGCUCUGGCAGAAGGUGAUUCCUGACUGGAAGGAGCAGGAGUGGGAUGACAAAUACCCCGAGAACUACGCAGGAAUCUUCCACUUUCAGUUCUGGAUCUUUGGUGAGUGGAUCGACGUGGUGGUCGAUGACCGACUCCCUACGAUCAACAGAGAACUCAUCUACUGCCACUCGAAAGACCCCAACGAAUUCUGGAGUGCUCUGCUGGAAAAGGCCUAUGCCAAGCUCUCUGGCUGCUAUCAGUCCCUUGAGGGCGGAAACACUGGUGAUGCUGUGGUGGAUUUCAGUGGAGCUGUAUCUGAAGCCAUCAGCCUAGAGGAAGGGCAAUUUUAUAAGGACCAAGAAAAACAAGACAAGCUUUUUGAUGACCUGCUGAAGGUGUACGACCGAGGAGGAAUCAUAAGCUGCUCCAUCAGGGCACAGCCUCAUGAAAUUGAGCUCAAGAUGAUGAACGGGCUCGUGAAAGGCCAUGCGUACUCAGUAACAGCAGUGAAGAGGGUUCGUUUGGGUCAUGGGCUGCUGGCCUACUUCAAGAAUGAAACCAUUCCUCUGAUCCGUAUGAGAAACCCCUGGGGUAAGAUUGAAUGGAAAGGAGCCUGGAGUGACAGUUCUGAGGAAUGGGCAAAGGUUGGUGACACAGAGAGGCACAAGCUUGGCAUCACAGUGGAAGAUGAUGGAGAGUUCUGGAUGUCAUUUACAGACUGGUGCAAGUUCUUCACUGAUGCAGACGUGUGCCGUGUCAUGAAUACUUCAUUGAUUAGCGUCCAUAAGACUUGGCAUGAGUACGUGCGCUUUGGCAGCUGGGCCAAAAAUGCUGACCCACUUCUAAACCGCUGUGGCGGCUGUGCUAACCACAAACAGACAUUCCUGCAGAACCCACAGUAUUUAUUUGAUGUGACAAAGGAGACUGAUGAGGUCCUCAUCUCGUUGCAACAGAGAGACAUGAAAAUCCACAGACCUCAAGGUCACGGAGAAAACCUUACCAUUGGCUUUGGCAUCUUUAAGGUGGAACUGAACAGGAAGUACCGUUUACAUGACAUUCUGACCCAAAAGUGUGUAAAGACGUCCACCUACAUCAAUGCUCGGACAGUGUUCAUGAGGAUCAAUCUGACUCAGGGUCGAUAUGUCAUCUUUCCCACCACCUUCCAGCCUCUUACGCUGGGCGAUUUCAUGCUCCGGGUUUUCACUGAUGUGGAGUCCGGCUGCAGGGAGCUGACAGAGGACAAGCCACAGGUAAAAUGCUGGAGUUCAAUCACUGGUUACCCACAAGCUGUGACUCAUGUCUAUGUACAUUCAGCUGAGGGGCUGCAGAAUCAGGACCGCACAGGAGGUGCAGACCCCUACGUGAUUAUAUCAUGUGAGGGCAAGUCAGUCAAAUCCACCAUCCACAAGGACACCUUAAACCCAGAGUUUGCAACUAGCGGUGUUUUCUACAGGAAAAAGCUGAGCAAGCCCAUAACUGUGCAGGUGUGGAACAGCAACGCAGUGAAGGAUGAAUUUAUGGGCCAAGUCGUGUUGUCCGGGUCAGUGAACGACCCCACUGAACCUCAGAGGCUUCAGCUCGGAGAUCAAGGACGGCAGAUGCCCGGCAUCAUCGGCCUAAGGAUCGUCACCUCGGUUCAGCUGACUGCCAUAUGACCGGAGAGAGGGCUGAAUCCUUUCUCAGCUUUAAAGUGAACAUAUUGUGUAACUUAUUUGACAAGCAUCGAAACCAGCAGCGGGAUGCAUUUGUAUGAAGGUGAAUUUAUGUGAGCAGGGAACUAUGGGACAAACUGAAAAUCUCUCCCUUUUCAUUACUUUUAAUCUUUUUUUUAAAUUCGUGCUUUUAUAAGUUAUAUAUAAAGUUUGUAUUUUGAUGUGUUUGUAACCCCGAUUAUUCUGAUACGACACUGUGAGAAACAUGGCAGUAUUCGUCCUUCAGGGCUCACAGUUACCAAGAUUGCGGCCUAUACUGUCGCCUUUUUGCAGAGUAACGUGUUAAAUGCUACAC